CAGGGUCUGUCAAGACCGGCCGGACACCGGCGCGCAGCGAGGACUUCAUCACCAAUGUCAGUGCUGAACUCUGGCUGGCCCCACCGAGGAGAAAGCCUCACCCCUCGGGGGCCAGGCCCACCAGCCGACUCAGACACUGACCCAGGCCACUUGCCAGAGGAGGACACUGAGGAAAUUUCUGCACAGGAAGGGGUGCUUGGAAGUUGUUCCAGAUUGGAGAAGGGGUGGCAGAGAGGAGAGGAGCAAAGAAGAGGAAGGGAAACUCAACCCCGCCCCCGCCCCCGUCUUGCUGCAUCUCCUCAGGACCCUGAAGUUCUGAGCGUGGGGCUUCCCGGCUUGGACACCCAUUGGGCCCCCAACCAGCCUGGGCUUCGGAUCCUUCUGCAGCAGCUGCCUCCGCAGGACAGCAGUGAGCUCUGCUGCCUGGCCCUUGGGGAGGACGAGCUGGCUGAGUUGCGGCUCUUCUGUGCUCAGAGGAGGCGGGAGGCCUUGGGACAGGGGGUGGCCUUCCUGGUACCUCCCAAGCUGCCAGAACACACCUGUGAGAAGUGCAGGCAGCGGCUGAGGCCAGGCGAGUACGGAGUGUUCGCGGCCCGGGAAGGGAAGCGGCGCUGCUGGCACCGGGCUUGCUUUGCCUGCCAGGCCUGCGGCCAGGCUCUGAUAAGCCUCAUCUACUUCUACCACGGCGGGCGUCUCUACUGCGGCCGCCAUCACGCAGAGCUGCUGCGGCCGCGCUGCCCCGCUUGUGACCAGCUGAUCUUCUCCCGGCGCUGCACCGUAGCGGAGGGACGGCGCUGGCACGAGAACCACUUCUGCUGCCAGGACUGCGCCGGGCCCUUGGGCGGGGGACUUUAUGCCCUGAUCGGGGGCGGCCCCUGCUGCCCCAGCUGCUUUGAGAGUCGCUAUUUGGAUUCCGGCUCGAGCCGGGCCCAGACACUGGAAGGGGAUGAGGGGCUUGACAGAGUUGAAGAAAGGGACCGCACCCCGCUGGAUGCCGCUACGGUCUCCCAAGCAGCCCUUCUCGCCGCUGCCCCCCGCUCCAGUCCGGAAGCCCAGAGGGAGCUGCUUGGAUCCAGUCCAAAGCUGGAGCAUCAAGCUGAGGAUAAGGCGGAGGCACCCAAAGGGCGGGAGCAGGGCCGCCCGGAGGCGCCCCUCGAUUCCAAGGAGGAUGCCCCCUGCCCCACCUGCUCCUCUUCUUCUGACUCGGAACCCGAAGGCUUUUUCUUAGGCCAGCGCCUUCCCGGGCCCUGGAAGACCCCUGGAAGCCUCCAAUCUGGGGACAGCGACACCUCCAGGAAGCACUGCACCAUUUGCUAGUGGCGCAGCCCGGAACAGAGGGACGGGGUGUGUGGUCUGUGAGGUGGGAGAACGAGGCUCUCCCACCCCUAUAAAAAUCCUAGACUGAACACAGUCAAGGGCACGCCUGGGAGAGGCGGCGAGA